GCUGGCACACAGCUGGCGGGGACGGAAGCGCCGCGACUUCCUCCGAGAGAGGCCGGCCCGGGGGCGGUGCGCGCCCUGCGGGCAGCCGCUUCGAGGCGGCGGCGGUCGCGAUGCGUACCGCCUGGGUGCUGCUGGCGGCGGUGGCCGCCCUGUCUGCCUACUACGUGUACCUGCCACUGCCCGGCACCGUGUCGGAUCCCUGGAAGCUGAUGCUGCUGGAUGCCACUUUCCGGGUAGUGCAGCAGACGUGCCACCUAAUUCACUAUCUGAGACUCAGCCAUCACUUGAUAGUUCUGAAUUACUUGAUUUGUACCUUUGACAAGCUGAAGUCUGUCUCCUCCGAAGACAUUAACAUCACGGAUGCUGUUUUUGACGGUGUGGAAGUCAGAGUGUUUGAACCCCCGGCAAAGCGAGAUGAAAAGCUCAAGCGCAGUGUUAUUUACAUCCAUGGAGGAGGCUGGGCCUUGGCAAGUGCAAGAACAAGCCUUUAUAACAAUCUCUGCAGAAUCAUGGCUGAGUCUCUCAAUGCUGUCAUCGUCUCAGUUGAGUACCGGCUUGUACCAGAGGUGUGCUUUCCCGAGCAAUUUUAUGAUGCUCUUCGUGCUACUAAGCACUUUUUGCAGCCUGAUGUCUUAGCUGAGUAUUCAGUUGACCCAAGUCGAAUUGCAAUUUCUGGCGAUAGUGCAGGAGGAAAUUUGGCAGCUGCUGUGUGUCAGCAGCUUAGCAAAGAUGAGGAUUUGGCCAUCAGACCGAAACUGCAGGCUUUAAUUUAUCCAGUCCUGCAGGCAUUUGACUUCAAUACACCUUCUUAUCAGCAGAACAUGAAUAUGCCUGUUCUUCCUCGUUAUGUCAUGAUCAACUAUUGGAUAGAUUAUUUCAAUGGUAACUAUGACUUGGCUCACUCACUGCUGAUUAACAACCACACUGCUCUUGAUGUUAGCCAAGCUCUCUCCUUCAGAGGACACCUGAACUGGACAUCAUUAUUGCCUUCGUCAUUCAAAAAGAACUACAAGCCUGUAAUACAAACCACUGGCAAGGCUGAAAUCAUCCAGGAGAUACCGGCACUGCUUGAUGUACGAGCAGCCCCACUCCUUGCAGACAAUGAAACUCUGCAGCUGCAGCCAAAGACUUAUGUCCUGACCUGCGAGAAUGAUGUCCUGCGAGAUGAUGGGGUGAUGUACGCCAAGCGCUUGGAGAAUGCCGGCGUGGAAGUCACACUCGAUCACUUUGAUGACUGCUUUCAUGGCUGUAUGAUAUUCACCAUUUGGCCUACUGAUUUCUCUGCAGGCAUUCAGACCAGGAACAGCUAUAUAAGAUGGCUGGAUGAAAAUCUCUGAAGACAGCAUCUCUGUAGAAGACACAGGGUGCACAACUCUGGUGUCCCUGCAAAAGAGCAAAUGAUUAAUAAGUGCACUUUCCCAAAUUCCGACUCCAUCGUUCAGCUGCAGCUGCUGGGGGUACAGACCACUAACUACAGCAUUUGCUAGCUCAUUUGGCCUUACUCAGCAAAGUAGUUUGAGAAAUACUUUUUCAAACUUGGGAUUUUUUCACCUUCUUUCAGAUGUCUAUUGCCAAACAAAAAAAUGUUGAGCAGAGAGAUGGCAUUCCUGUAGCAUUCUUAACUGGCUGCAACUUUCAAGCUUUCACCCCUAACUAGGCGCAAAGGCGCCAUUUUACAAAUGACAUGAUAUAAAGCCAAACAUCUGCAUCUGAAUAUGUAAAAAUGGGAGCUAAUUUCCACAGUGUGGAGCAUCUGAUGUCAAAGAAAGAAUGAGCCUCACCUUUCAGCAGAGCCAUGCAUCUGAAUGUCAAGCAGGGAUUUAGGUGUUGGGUUUUAGGCACGUAGACAAAUGGCUAGUUUAAAUUCUUUUUAAAAAGCUCUUCUGGGCAGUUAGGAUGAUGCUAGACAAGUCUUUUAGCCAAACAUGCAAUUCAGCUUUGGAAUUUAGUCUUUAUUGCCUUUUAGUUAUUUAUGUUUUAUAAAAGCACAGGACUAAUAUAUUUUCAGUGAAAGGAUUAUAGCACACAUACAAAUGCACACGAUACAACAUACGAUAAAAUAUUCUAUCAGCAAAGUCCAGAUUGCUCAUGUGAGUGAGCUUCAAAGCUGCCUAUUUAUUUGGCUAAAGAAUGUGACUUGAUCUGUGUUUAAAGCCUCAGCUGUAUGACCUCCUUACAGAAAUACUGUGCUUACUAAAAAUAAUCUGCUGUGUGGUUUGCACUAAUGUUUGUAAUUAAUAGUAGAAGUUUUUGUUCAUUGACUUUUCUUUUGUGCUCAUAGUGUUUAUUAUAUUUCAUCCUUCUUUGAAGGAGGGAAGCAAGCAAAUAGAAGUGGGCUCUUAUCUAUAGAGAAGAUUUAAAUCUGAGCUCUGCAGCUAAACUUUGUCUUGAAGACUGACCCAGAACACCAGGUGAGAUGAUCUCACUAGUGUACACAAGUGUCUACAGUUUGAGCCAGUCUGUAAAAUUCAGACAAGCAGGACAGGGAAGUGAAACUACAUAUUACAGUAUGGAUUGUCAAGGAUGCUUGCUGAUUGCAGAAACAAGUGUUCUGUCAAAAGCCCAGUGUUUCUAGGUAAAGAGGAGAGAAUAGCUGCCCAUGACUAAACUAACAGAUUAAAUUCAUCCUCAGCUUUAUUACAGACUUCCUGUGGGACUCCAGGAGAACAACUUAAUCUCCUUAUGCCACACUUUGUUCUUCUGCAAGAGGAGGAGUAGUAUUUUCAUACCUCACAAAGGAGCUGUGAAGCUGAAUUCACAGGCCUUGGUGAAGCACAUGGAUGUGACGGUGACUGGCAGGCACUGAACUGCUCCUGUAGCUUUUGACUUUCCAUCUUUCUCUGGUAGCUAUCAGAGCAGCCUGCGCCAAGACAGGUGGUGCUGCAAGGCCGUUACACCAUCUCUGUCCUGGCUCCUAUCAAAGUACCAUAAGGUGAGGCUUUCUGCCUGUUGGCAGAUCAUGACAAAAGCAAUUUCAUUAGAGUGUUUCUUAUGGCAGGAUUCUGAAAAGUUCAUUUAAAAAAACCCAGGGUACUGGUAGAUCAAACUGCCUUCUGUUAUUUAAAAUAUACACAGAACAGUCCACUUGCACUGGUGUUUAAAUUAAAUGAGAAAAUUACUUUGCUGAAUCAUUGCUUCCUAGAAAUACUGGGUUGUUAAUGUUGCUGUAUGUAUUAAGAAAAAUGAGACAAGGCCUCAAUGUACACUCAGUCAUGCAGGCUGAAACUCAUUUCUGAGCAUAGGUCUACAGGGAGAUGUCAAGGCAAAGUUUUUUUUAAACAGUGGCCCAGAUUCUUCUUCCACAUAACUCAUUACGAAGACUUAGUGCAAUUAGAGCAGCCAAGUGGCAAUCUGAAUCAGAAUAAAUUUUGGUCAAGAUACCCAAUUAAUACUGCAGAAGACUUCAAUCUUUUUCUCUAGAUUUAAACCCUUUUUCCUCCUUUCCUCCAUAAAAACAAUUUCAGUAGAUUUAAUUUACGCUUAAACCAGACAGCAAAAGAAGUUAAGUCCAUUCAAAAGACAAAUUACUGAUCUGUCAUUUUUUCCUGUAUGGGGACAGCUCCCUUUACUUGCCUUUAAACCAUGAUUUAAAGAUUGAAAAAUAGAUACUUACACUUCGUUGCAGCAACAGGCUUCUUCCUUGCUUUCCCACUUAAGAGUAAACUCAGAAAAGAUGUAAUUUAUAUCUACCUGCUGUCAUUAAAAGAUAGUAGUAAAUGUAGUACUGGAAAAAAAAGUGGUUCAUCUGCUUAUAAACUCUAUAAUAAUUAAGUUUGCCUGACAGCUUUCUGCAAAGCUUUAGAUCAGUAUUUGUUUAUAGCUAAGUUAUAAAUAUCUGCUAUGAAGGUAUAAUAUAAUUGCUGCUUUUUUUUUUUUAACUGAAAUGAAAUGGAAAGCUGGAAUAUAUAUAUUCAUAGAGUCGUUUGUAAAGUUCCUUCAUGCACUGAAGCACAUUAAAGUCUUGGCACAAGAAAUGGUAGUAAGUAUAUAACUGGACUGAAUAUGUUUACUAAAUCAUCACCAGCUUGACAUGACAUCCAGGAUCUCAGCACAACUUGGAUGCACUGUCACAGUAUUAACUAGUUCCAUCAGAAUAUCUUGACUACUUUAUCUUAACUACUUUUAUCUUGACUACUUUUAUCUAGUUAUAUGGUUUAAAUACAUGAUAGCUGCAAAGAUAUGUGGUGGAUCCUAUAACAUAUAAAAAAAGGUCUGAGUUUCAGCUCUAAGAAGACCUUUUCGUAUAUAACUUACAAGACACUUGAUUAAAAUUCAGUGUAAACCUUGAAGGCAGUCCAAAUGCAGCUUUCCUCCUACUUUGCUUUGUUCUCCUUUGCACAAGUCUCGGUGCCCGAAGUUGAAAGUUCAGAGUUGUUUCCAGCUGAGCUGCUGCAAGCUCCUAGAAACUGAGCACUAACUCAGACAAGAGCUCAGCUGGAGCCACAGGUAUGCAUACAGAGAGCUGAUGAUGCCUGAUACCAAGAGAUUAGGAGUAAUGCAUGUUCCAACAGCUCAGUUUGUUCAUGUGUUUAGUCCUGUUUCCUGAAGUGCUUCCUUGCGUGCACCUAGAACCUUCAUUCCUUGGUUAUUUCACAAAGCGGUUUAGGGCACUUUGCACAUUGUAGGAUCAGACCAAGUACUUGUAACAAUAUUUCACCUGUGCGUAAUAAAAAGUCAGCCUUCUAAAAGGAGAUACUCAAUAAGUAUUUCUACUUAUUGUCAUUAAAUCAGUGAGUAUGACUAGCUACUUUUUGUAGAUAGCUUUGUUUUCCUCUCCUAAAAUUAGACUUCAUCUGCCCAUUGCAAGACUGCCUUGUUUCUGACGGCCAUCAAAGCAUUCAAAUAUAAGCUUUUAAAUAAAAAAAACUGCCAAACUCAAAUAACAGAACCUAUAGUCAUUUGUAUCCUGCUUUCAUAGAUCUGGAAACUAUUAGCAGGUCCUUAGUAUUUUGGCCAAUAGUCUCAGGAAUAAAUGGAAGUUUUGUCUCCCUAGUUUAGGACUUAUUAGAGGAUGUGUGUCCAGUGUUUCUGAAAGCCCAAACCUGUUUAAGGAUGUUUCAUGAUGCAUAAAAGUUACAGAUAAGUUGAGUUUUCUAACCUUCAUCUAAGUAAUUCCAAAAUUGCAUCCCUAGCCAAAGCAUAAAGGCCAUUGUGGGUUUAAAUCUCCUCAAACUAAAAAGAAAUGCUUUUUCUUUACAAUAUUAUUUUGUAGUGUUUGGGCCUCUAUUUUUUUAAUCUCUUACAAAACUUUAUUAAAAAUCUUUUCAAAUAAAAAUAUUAGAAGUAGAUUAAUCUCCAUUAAACUUUUUAAGCUGCUAUAAUCUGCCACAAUGAUGUUGUUAAAAAAACAUAGCUAUUUCAAUGUUCUCUUAUUUAUGAUGUUCAGAACCUGAAAGUACAACAUACUUGGUGUGAAUGCAUUAAUAUCUCAUGCAUGACCAUUUUUUUGCUAUUUUUCCCUGUGCAGGUGAAAGAUCUUAUAAGAUCUAAUUAGAAAGUGUGAUUGAGAUGUGCUAUCAAAAUGAAGAACAAAUAAAUAAAGUGAAAUAUA